UGUACCCCGGGUAUCUCCUAUGUAAAGAUUUAUAAUACGAGAAUCCUACCUAGAUAUGGCACAUACUCGCUCCCAGAAGGCCCAGAUACCUUCUUCCAACACAAAGACAAGCCAAAGAAAAAGAUCCCUGCGCAACCACAAUAGCCUCAGCCAGCCAGGACCCACGCUUCGGGGUAACGACAAAGUCAGUCGUCGAAUAGCAAAAAGACCAAAACCAACCUAUCUUGAACGGUCACCAUUGGAAGCUGAGCGGAAUCCCAAUCGAACAUUACGCCUCUUCUGUCUGCCCAGGGAAAUCUUCGACGAAAUCAUUAACCAUCUACCGCCUGAUGCCGAGGCUUGUUUGACCCUAACCUGCAAAGAAGCAUUGCAUCUACUUGGUACCACAUCCUGGGCAAGCUUCCGUGGAAGGGCUCGCCACUAUGGGCUUCAAUAUGGAUAUUACGGAUCGCUGGUAGAGCUUCUCCAACGUGAUAUCCCAGGGAGUGAAUAUUGUCCCCGAUGCGAGACUCUCCAUCCUCCUCUGAAACCACCCACAGACCAUCGCGAGACCAAAUGGACGAAGCUUUGUAUGGGCCAGCUAGCAAGCAUUGAUUACUGGCCGCAAACACCAUCCGGUGGCUACAGUCUGGUAUGGGAGCAUGUUCUCGAGGCAUUCAAGUCACAGCCUGCCGCCUUAGGGCUUACAUCACCAAUUCCACUAUUCGAGGGCGACUUUACCUUCAAUCCCGGUCUAGUGAGCUACAGGCUUUCCUCGUCGGCACAAUGGGUAGACCGGAACCUUGUCCUUACCCAACAGCACCGUCUACGAACGAGCGAUUCUCGGACUCGGGACCUCCAAGCGGCGCAUAUCAUCUCCCUUCCGUUCCGGGUUUGUGCACAUCUAUCCACAAAAAAUGUUACCCAAACAAAGACAUCUCGGUCAAAGAAGGGUGCAGCCAACACUUCGCUUCUCACUCUCGCCAUCUCGACCGCUUUCCCACCCCAUUUGCGCAAGGGUGUCCCUCAACCCAGUACAUCUCCGCAAUUCGCAGAUGCGGAAACGAACGAUAACUUCAUCUGGCGGUGCAAGAGUUGCGCUACAAAGUUCCGCAUCAGGUACGAAGGACACGACGGGGGAGAGUUAAUCGCGACCGCUUGGCAUUGUUUCGGAAAGGAACUGUGGAAGGCUCAACAGUUCUGGACGUACCUUGUUCGUCGGGAGGGGCCUACAUUGGGGCCGGCGAAGCGUAACAGCGAGUAUCAUAGUGUUUCUAGAAGUCUGCCUGAUUUUAAGAUCCCAGAAGAUAUCUGAAGGGCCAAGUGACUGCUUCGGGCUAUCUUUAACAAGAGAACGCAAUUGAGUUGCCAUCGAUGCUUUCCAAAAGC